AUGGAUCAGGAAGGUGGGGGUGACUUCCAGAAAGCCCCUAACUUCCAGUGGAGAAACUACAAGCUCAUCGUUGAUCCUAUGCUUAAGGAUGGCCCGCACAAGAUCUACCGCUAUGACGGAGUGCAUUUCAGCACUAAUGAUUCAAGUCAUGCUCCUGUAAAAGUUGUGCAAGAUCCGAGACAUAGGAAAUGGUCCAAAACCAGAGAUCUUUCUCUUCCUGUCCCAAAGUUUAAGCUAGAUGAGUACUAUGUAGGCCAGAUCCCUCUGAAGGAGGUGACAUUUGCCCGGCUCAAUGAUAAUAUCAAGGAAUCUUUUCUGUGUGAGAUGUGCAAAAAAUAUGGCGACAUUGAGGAGAUUGAGAUUCUGUAUAAUCCAAAGAAUGGCAAGCACCUGGGCUUGGCCAAGGUGCUCUUCACCAGCACAAGGGGGGCGAAGGAGACAGUCAAGAACCUGCACAACACUUCAGUCAUGGGCAACAUCAUUCAUGCCCAACUUGACAUCAAAGGUCAACAACGCAUGAAAUAUUACGAACUGAUUGUGAAUGGCUCUUUUACACCUCAGACUGUCCCAACUGGGAGCAAAACGUUGAAUGAAAAGUUUUCAGCUGACUCGUCCGAGUCACGAAGACACCAUUCGACCAAUUCGUUGUACCCGAGUAAUGCAAUGCCUUCAACGCCUGGCAACGGCACCCCUUGUUCUCAGGACACUCCGUACUCCAGUGGCCGACAAGACACACCUUCUUCCUAUGGCCAAUAUACACCACAGUCUCAGGGGACUCCGUAUACCCCUCGGGGAGGAACGCCGUAUUCACAGGAUUCCGCCUAUUCUAGCAGGCAAGGGACCCCAGGCUACUCAAGCUACCAGCCAGAGUCGUACAAAUCCUCUCGGCAUGAGAACAGCUUUUCGGACUCGUACUUCCGCCGGCACUAUACUUCAUCCUCUUCAUCUUCUUCAUCUUCCUCCACUCACUAUCGCAGCAAUGACCAUCAUUACCCCCCUUACAGUCAGCAGUUUGGUGGUGGUGGCGGCGGCGGCAGCAGCGGCAGCAGCAGUAGUGCAGCUCCAACCAGUAGUAGCCGAUAUCAGCGCCUCUCAUCCACCUCAGGGCGCUCUUCUUCUUCCUCCUCCUCCUCCUCCUCCUCUCAUCGCUCUCAUCCAAGAGAGGACUCUGGCUUCCAUUCCCGACACAGAGAACGUUCUCAACGGGAUGAUUCUACUCUUUCGUCCACAGUGACCACCACUACUCCUUCCACCUGUGUUGUCGCUGCGGCUUCCUCCUCCUCCUCGUCGUCUGUGACAACGGCAUCAGAAAGCAUUCAGUUCCAGAACAGUCAUGGUUUUGCCCAGCAGAGCGUGGAGCAUUUCCCAGCACCCAGUGUGCUCUACCCAUCUUACACAGCCACCCCGGAGCCCUUCUCUGUGCCUGCAGAAUCCCACGCGGUGGAUCAGGAUUAUCGGCUGCUCCCCACGGCAGAAACGUUUGCAGCCAACUCCCUGCCUCCCACCGAAUUUCUUGCUCAGGAAACGAAAGAGAACGCCAGUCCAGCAGUGACCGUAGCCCUAGGGGUUGACGACCGAUCCCAUUCGCCUGCUGUGCAGAGCUCGCCAGCCCGCUCUGGUUCCCCUGCCCCAGAGACUACCAACGAGAGUGUCCCCUUUGCUCAGCACAGCAGCUUGGACUCCCGCAUUGAGAUGCUGCUAAAGGAGCAGCGGUCCAAGUUUUCUUUUCUUAAUUCAGAUACGGAAGAGGAAGAGGAAGAGAAAGGGGGGUCCAAGGAAGCAGAGCCACAUGGCCCCUGCACCCCGCCACCACCUCUUCCAGUCAGCUUUGAAGAUGUGGUGCCAGCCCUGGAUGCGAGAGUAGGAGACGAAUCCCCAAAGGCUAAUGGGCAAGACAGAGCAUCUCAGCAGUCUUCAGGUGAAGACAUGGAAAUUUCGGAAGAUGAAGCCGAAGUUGAGCCCCCAACUCCCGUGGCAGGGGUGUCCGACCCACAUUUUUCUGUGAUGCCAUCAGUUCUGGGCCACAUGCAGUUGGGGGUGUCCUCCUUUACUUCCCACCAUCACCCAGAAGCACCGCCCUCUUAUCCAAUCCAGCCUCUCAUGUCCGUCUCCCUCCCUCACCUGGCGGGUAAAACCCAUUCACUCUCUACUUUUGGCCAAGUCAGUCCCCGGCACGGUCAUCGCCUGUCCGAUUUCAGAGGGCGAGCAAAUGUGGUAGGUGGAGGCCGUGGUGCUCCCCACAUCUAUGACUUUGUCAACUCCAUGGAGCUCAUGAACCGGCUUGGCAACCAGUGGGGUGGGAUGCCCAUGUCUUUCCAGAUGCAAACCCAGAUGCUGAGCCGCCUUCAACAGCUGCGGCAAAACAAAGGCCAGUUUGAGGACCCUUUCUCCUAUCACCGGGACGUGGCUUCUUUCUGCGGCCGCCCUCUGUAUGGCGCUGGGUACUUACUGGAGCAGGGCAGUCACCCCUUCCAGCGGGACCAGCUUUUCAUGCAGCAGCCAUCAGCCGUUGGGACCUCAGAGCAGCAGCAACAGCAGCAGCAGCAGCAACAACAACAUUCCUCAGAGCAGCCACCUCUGCCACCUCCCCAGCAGCUGCUUGAUUUCCGGACAGCUCCAUGGGGAUAUCAGGAAGAGGUGGCCCCGCUCCCACCGCUUCCUGAAGAUCCACACGCCUCUGUGGUGGACACUGUCCUCGCAACCCUCAUGCAGGAGAUGAAGAGCAUCAUGCAGCGAGACCUCAAUCGCAAGAUGGUGGAGAAUGUGGCCUUCAGCACCUUUGACAAGUGGUGGGAGUGCAAAGAGGAAAAGGCCAAGCCUUUCCAGAACACUGUUAAACAGCUAGCCAAGGAAGAGGAGAAAGACAAAACCAAACUGAAAGAUCCCGCCCUUCUGUCUCUAGUGGACUGGGCCAAGAGUGGUGGGACUGGUGGCCUGGAGAGCUUUGGCUUUGGGACUGGCUUUCGAGGAGUCCUCAGGCUCCCCUCCUUCAAGGUGAAAAGGAAAGAGCCCUCUGAAAUCUCCGAGUGCAGCGAAGUGAAGCAGCCCCGCCCCUCUACUCCUGCGGAAGAGGAUGAGGAAGAUAAAAAAUCCUUACAGAUCCCCAAGAUCUCCAAGAGGGACGACGAAAGGAUCAAAGGUCCAGGAAAGCGGCGAAAACUUUUUUGCCUGGACAGUGAAGGAGAGGAGGCCUCUGAGGACUCAUCCUCGGAGAAGGAGGAGGAAGAAGAGCGGCACGAAGAAGAUGAACAAGGCGCCAGAGGACGCAGCAGAAAGAGGGAACAAUCUGAAGAUCGUGAUAGCGACGGUUCCUCCAAGUAUUCACCUUACGAGGAGUCUGACGAGGACAGUGACAGCACUUCCGAUUCAGAAAGCAGCUCCUCUUCCUCCUCUUCCUUGUCAUCGUCGUCGUCUGAUGAGGAGGAGGUGGAGAGCACGGAGGAAAUAGAAGAUUCUGCUACAGAUAGCCAUCCAUCUGAAUCAUUGGGAAGCCUGGAACAGAGAAUAUGGCCAGGAACAGAUACUGAGAUGGGCAAGAAGAAGCCGGAAGCCGCUCUGCUUCAAGGCCACGUUGUUGAGGAGAAGCCUGCUCCUCAGAAUGACACUUUGCUAGUCCCAGCAAUAGAGGAGAAAGGUGUCUGGGCGGCACUAGAAGAGCGGACGCGACAAGAAAAACGACCUUCCUCACCCAUCCCACUUCUGCCACCACCCAAGAAACGCCGGAAAACAGUCUCCUUCUCAGCUCCUGGUGAGGAUGAAGGGGCCUUGGAGAAGCCACUUGAAUUGGCAUCCUUGGGUCUCCUCCCUCCACCGCCCCCACCCCCACCCCCUCCCCCUCCUCCUGUCCCCACAGAGGAAGCACAAUCUCCAUUCGUUCCUGUGGAACCCCUGCUACCACCCCAAGUGUCCUUAAUCUCAGAUGCCCCCGUUCCAGCUACUUGUCCCCUGCCUCCCGCAGCUUCCCUGGUAAAGUUAGCGGCUCCUGCCAGCCGCAGGCGGGAGCCCCCAAAAGCCAGUCAAAGAACGAUCAGCAACCUGCCGGCAGACCACGCUUCUCUUGUGAAAUGUUGGUCAGAGGAUAUGCCAACUGGCCGGUCCCGAAACCGUUCUCGCUCCCGAAGCUCAGAACAUUUGAAGGCACCGCAGCCCCCGGAGGAAGACAGACUGCACACGCGCGAGCAAAUGGGGGCCUCUUCACUCCUGGAGCUGGCCAAUCAGCCUGACCUGGCUGUGUUAGCCGAUGUGGCUCUCAAGAUGCCCGCCGUUGUAGGCAGAGAAGGCUUGAAGGAGGCCUCGGAUGAAUCCGAGGCUCCAAAGCGCCUGCUUCCACCGCCCGUGUUCUCCCUUGAGGUCAGCAGCAUCUUCAUGGAGCACAACUACGCCAUGGCGGUGCGUGCAGCACCAGUGACUGUCCCCCGGAAACAAGAUGAGGCAACACUGCUAGGUGCUGCUGAUCUGUUGCAGAUGAACGUAUAUACUGAGCACAUUGGCGAGGUUCUGGAGGCUCCUGAGGAGAUAGUGGCAGAUGCCAGUGAAGCCAGAACUGAAUCUGAAGUGGGCGACCUUGUUGCACUGGCGCCUCCACCUCCUCAACCUAUCGAAAAGCCUAAGGCCCCUGUCCCAGACCAGCAGCAGCCACAGACGAAGAAACCUCCACCUGGCCUAAAGGAGGAGGCCAUAAAGGAUCCAGGAGCAUUGCCUUUAGGCCCAGAGAGUCUGUUCCCUUCUGGGAGUGAGGAGGAGGAGGAAGAGGAUGACGAGAGCUUUGACAGCAGCGACGAAGGGGAGAUUCGUAGGCGGUCUCUGCGCUCUCACUCACAUAAGCACACCCCUGCCCAUCCCCCGCUUCCACCCCCAGUCUUUGAGACGCGCAGCGAAUUCGAACAGAUGACCAUCUUGUAUGACAUCUGGAAUUCAGGGCUAGAUGUGGAAGACAUGAAAUACUUGAGGCUGAUGUACGAGCGCUUGCUGCAUGAGGACAACAGCACAGACUGGCUGAAUGACACCCAUUGGGUCCAACACACCAUCACAAACAUUGCAAAUCCCAAACGGAAGAGGAAAUCGUCUGAGCUGCGGGAACAUCAAACAGGUUGUGCCCGUAGCGAGGGCUACUACCACAUCAGUAAGAAGGAGAAGGACAAAUACCUUGACAUGUGCCCAGUCACGGUGCAGCAAUUGGACAUCGUUGAUAUCCAGGGCACCAACCGCAUCUUGUCAGAACGACGAUCUGAACAAAGGCGCCUGCUGAGUGCCAUCGGCACCUCUGCCAUCCUCGAUAGUGACCUUCUGAAACUUAAUCAGCUGAAGUUCCGGAAAAAGAAACUCCGGUUUGGACGGAGUCGAAUUCACGAGUGGGGCCUUUUCGCAAUGGAACCAAUCGCUGCCGACGAAAUGGUCAUUGAAUACGUGGGUCAGAACAUCCGCCAGAUGGUGGCAGAUAUGCGUGAGAAGCGGUACGCCCAGGAAGGUAUUGGGAGCAGCUACCUUUUCCGUGUGGACCACGACACAAUCAUCGACGCUACCAAGUGUGGCAAUCUGGCUCGUUUCAUCAAUCAUUGCUGCACGCCCAACUGCUAUGCCAAAGUCAUCACCAUAGAGUCCCAGAAGAAGAUCGUCAUCUACUCCAAGCAGCCCAUCAGCGUCAAUGAGGAGAUUACAUACGACUACAAGUUCCCAAUUGAAGAGAACAAGAUUCCCUGCUUAUGUGGCACAGAGAACUGUCGGGGGACCCUGAAUUGAAAAGAAGCCCGGCAUUCCUAUUUAUUUUGUUUGCUCAGCCCAUUUUUCACCCCGGUCGUUUAGCAUCUCUUCCCACAAAGCCGCCAUGGGAAAGUUCUCCAGUCGCCUUAAGAACCAUCUGGAAUCCUUUAGAGGUUUUCCAUUUGCUUCUCCUCAGGUUCCUAAUCAGUGAGAAAUUUCCUUUUUUCUUCCAGUCAGUCAGAAACAGUCCUCUCCUUCUCUUUUACACGGAUGUUUGGUCAUUUUUUGAUCCAAUCCCCAAAAAACAGGUAGCCGUUAGACACCCUCUCCGUCCUUGUAUUCAGAACAGCUUUAAGCUUUUCUCCAAGUAACUUCCGCUUUUCAAUUUGGCUAAAAGAUUUGAGUUUCCUGUGCACGGAAGGGUACGCUAAACAGAAUGGAUUCCCUUCAUUUUAAGGAUCUCCAGAGUGCUAAGGGUCAGUUAAUAAAACAGUAGGAAUUGCAGGGUCCAAGAAAAACCUAUGAGGCCAUACAAUGUCCGAUGUUCUUGAAGGGCAUUAAUGGUACCCAUAGCUAAGAGUUGAUGAAGCCUUGCAAUUUCAUAGUUGCAUUUUCUUAAACCAUUGGAUUCUUUUAUAAAAACAUUCUAGGUUUAUUGAGAUGAAUACGAGAACAGUUCCUUUCCUAAACGGAUUUGUUCUGCUAUUUAGAGUUUUCCCUGAACCCAUGCUAGAUAUAGCCAAGAUUACCCAGGGAUGAUCACUUUCCAGUUUCGUUUGGCUAUAUUUUUUUAAACCUGAGCAAAGAUUUGAAACUUCUCUAGCUUCAGAUGAUUUGUUCCUAAUCCCAUCUGCCAUUUGUUCUUCCAACCACACACUUAAGGUUACAAUAGCAAAGAUUCUGAAAAGUAAUUGUAUGGUGCCAUUCAGAUUGAACCUCCUUUUCCUUGCGUAGUGUCUGGGGGGAGGGGAAAUCCAGAACCCAUAUAGAUUAAGGGAGCUGUUUCUUUGCUACAGUUAUGGCCUCAGCCAUCUGGCUCAUAGCAAAGGCUAAGACCUUACCCCAAUCCCCCUCCUUCCAUAUUUUUUCUUAGGAGAAGAAAGUUGUGUACAUAUCUAGUCCAGAUGGAUUGGCUGUUUCUUGUAGAAACACAUGUUUACUGGUAUGUAAAUAUUUUAUUUUUGUUGUCCACUUCAUACUGAAAAGAGAGCUGUAAAUAAUGUUUCAUUGUAUUUCCUUCUCCUGCUUUUCUCUAUAUUUGCAUCGUGCCACUGUUCUCUUUUAAUGCAACGUGGGAUUUUUUUUUCUUUCUUUCUUAUCCUGGAGAAAAUGGAUGGAGUAUAUUGGAGGUCAGAAAUGUGUAAUUUCACUAGCCACUUACAUGGGAGUCCGUUAAAACAAAAGACUUUAGGCACACCGAGCUAUUUUAGCAGGAUUUACUGUUUUUUAAAAUGUCCACCAUUCUGGUUGUUUUUUGUGUAAGCGUGUGUGUUUCUGAGCUGCUGUACUGAGAUGGCCGUUCUGUUGAGGGCAUUUUUUUCCUCUCAGUGGACUGCCCAGAGUUAAGGUAUAUUGAAUGACUUCCAAUUUCCCCAACCUGAAUGUCUGAACAUACAUGGCAGAGAGAAUGACACCUUCUCUACAAAUUCACUUUUAACAGCGGGGGUAUAAGUGGGAAAGAGGCGUGGAUAAGUUUCGGAUGGGAUGCCCAAAUCCUUGUUGCUCUGCCAUGUCGAAACACACACACACACACACACACACACACAAAAACUCACUGAGAAGAUGAUUUGAUUCCUUAUCCUGGCCUUUGGGAAAAGCCGAAAAGAGCAGGAUGGGGAAAGUGUGAGAGGCAGUCUCAGUUGCUGGGAUGAGCGUUACUUAACAACUCCUACCUGAUUGUGUCCGUUUCCAAAGGCAAGCUUUAUAACGUUGGUUUGUCAGCUCCCCCACCGUUUUUUGCCCAUCCCAGUAAGCCGAUUGCAGAGACGAACCUGUUUAGGUAGUGAGAGUAGGAGCUGUAGAUCAGUUUUUUUAAAGUGUGUCCCAUUCAUUUCUUCGUCCUGAAAAUGGCUCCUUCCUCGUGUAGUUGUUGUUUAGUAGAUAAGUUGGGACCGUAGUUCUGAUUAAAGUUUUAUUUCCACGUUUGAAGGCUCGUGAAGGAGAUAGUUAAGUGGCAUCUUCUCACCGCACACUGAAUGCUGGUCAGUGUUUUAUGCUGAUGAAGGUGUCUUUGUGUUUCAUUUUUGUGGAAGUCUGCUCCAACUUGGUUUGGGCCCUUGGAGACGAAGCUUCCACAGUUUGGGAUCUUUUUAGAUUGUUUCUUUCACAAGAUGCACUAGAUCAGGGCUAGGCAACCUUGGCUCUUUUAUGACUCGUGGACUUCAACUCCCAGAAUUCCUGAGCCAGCAUAGCAUAGCUGGCUCAGGAAUUCUGGGAGUUGAAGUCCACGAGUCAUAAAAGAGCCAAGGUUGCCUAGCCCUGCACUAGAUAAAUAGUUUACACCACCUCUAAAAGAUUGUUUGGGGGUCUUAAUUUUCUUCUGAUAGUCUUAACCAGCUAAAGAAGCACAAGAAAACCCAUUGUCUUGCUUUAUAGGCUUUAUAACUUAAAGAGACCAAAGGAAAAUUUGGGGGGGGGUGGGGGGGCUGGAGUUUGUAUUUGCAAUGGAAGCCUUGCACAGACUUGCCAAACUCAGCUGGGUAACUUUUUGCUUCUCAUUUCAUGUGGUUUUGUUGUCUGCAUUUUCCCCCAUGCAAUGUUCCUAUAUAUAUUGAAAAUAAGGAAGUUGCGGUAACCCAUUUUAGCAAGGAGAAGUGGAAAGGCUAAAUCACCUGAGAAAAGGGUAUGGAUGAAUUGGUGGAGAAAUAGUGUAAACAUUCACACAAAUAUGUAGCUUCAUAGUUGUCUCAGUCCUAACCCACCAAUCUCUCCAGGCCCUGGCUUUGCUGCCGAGGACUGACUCCGAUACCACAUUCUGUAAUAGCGGAAUUCAUUGCUUUGUUUUAACGACAUCCUUCCAGAUAUUUGUGCCUGGGUGAUUCUGCGACUGCUUUCUGACUGGCCCCGAGAAUCUUACCAAGAAACAGUUCCAACCAUUUUCCCUUUUACUAUUUCGUACUUUCCAAAUGUGAUUUUUCUCUGCUCAGAUGGCUGUGCACUUGUACUAGGGACAAAAGCGUAACCUACAUGACUAAAUUGUGAAUUAAAGCAGUUAUAGUUGGAAUCACCCAUUCCAUCUAGCCCAUUCCUCGAGUCUCUGUGUAAACUGACAGAAUUUUAGCUUUGUUCUGUGGUGCUUUUCUUUGGGAUUUUGUUAUAAAUAUCCAUCCAUGGGCCAGUCGGUUUUGAACAUCAUUGUGUAAAAUGUCUCAUGGGAAAUUAGAGUCUUGAAAUUCCUUCUGAAUUGUGAAGCCAUUAGAUAAGGCCUGGAUAAGUUCUAGCUUUUGCUCGAAACUUUGGUAAAAUAAUAUCAGUUUAACGUUGUUCUGCUAAUUCCAAAGAAAGCUGCCUCACACACAUUCCUUCAAUAUUUAAAAGUUUAACUGCACAAUUUUUCUAAACUGAGACACAUUUUUAACAGCUGACUAAAUUGCACCAAAUUAUUAUGAUACAUCAAACUUCUGCUUUUUAUUGGAUUUAAAUAUUUUCCUCUGAAACUUUUGCAUCAAAGAACCACAGAAUAUUGAAUUCCUAUGUUUUUUGGGGGGAAAAAUGGCUUUUUUAAAAAGAAUGUGUCUCCCCUUAUUUUAGACUUGCAGGUAAAAUACCUACCAGAGCUAGCCAGAAGAUUACAGCUGGGAAAAAAAACUUAUUUACUUUGCAUCGGUAAAAAUAUGCAAAAGAACCUUGCUCAGUGGGUUUUAUUACAAUACAUCAUCAUUAGUUUAUUUUUUUUUAUUUUUCAAAUAGCGAUGUCUGAUUGUGUUCUUGAGUCAUGCAAAAAAAACAACCCCAAUCCACACUUGUUUUUCUGCAUAUCCUAGCCUUAGUGUUCCAGAUGCUCAAUUUAUUUACUCAUGGUGGCUAGUUUUCUAGAUGGAUCAUGUACUUACCAUAGCCAUCCUAUUAGCAAGAAGUCUCCUCCUCCAACUGCCUCCCAUUUAAUUACAUAUGUGCCUUUUUAAAAUAGUGGGAAGUUUUCAUUUACUCUCACCUGUUCAUUGUGGAAAGUAGACAUUUUGGUUCCUGUGUGUGUUUCUCUUCUUGCCAAAAUCUGCAUUGUCUGAACUGAUCUACGCAAUCACCUUUACGGUGGUAAUUUCCUGCAUCCAGUUUAGCCACAUACCUCCUCCUGAUAGGGUGGAUGAGACAGUUUUAAAUGUUCAAUAAAGCAAUGAAACCUGUGUAAAUUAUUCUAUAUGUUUUUAUCAAGACUCUGAAUUUGGCUUCUCCCUUUCUCCCCCACUCCCUCACUUCCUCCCCCACUCUCUACAAGUUGACUCCUGGCCAACUUGUAAAGCUUACUGUUUUGUUACUCAUUUUUCUUCACAUGUGGGAUUAUUUUUUUCCUGUGUACAUAUAUGUAAAAAGAAAACAAGAAAAAAAAAUAGAUAUACAAAAAAAAAAUUAUACCAGAGAGGAUUAAGCUAUUUAAUCAUCUCUAGCAGCAAGGGCAGCUUGCCUGGGGUUUUGUGUUUUAACACAACGGAUGGAAAUGUAUGGACGUGGAUGGAUAGACUUUCCCCCUCCCCCCCCCUUUCCUAGCUGCCCAGUGGAUGGAUGUUUUUUUUUUUUUAAUUUGCAUACCUAUUCUGUCUAUAUAAAUAUUAUAUAUAUAGAUAUAUAUAAAUAUAUAAAUAUAUUUUCGUUUGAUCUUACUGGCUUCCUACUUGUAAAUAUGUUAAUAAUUUGUGGAUUCAUUACUUGGUGCCAGAUAGCACAUUUUUAUAAAAGUCAUUAAACUUUUAUUGUACAAAAA